AUGCUUGGGUUAGGUUCCUAUGAAAGCAGCAGUGAUGAUGAGAGCACGAACAAUACCUCUGUCGGCGUAAAGAGGACGACAGCAACAGUUGAUCGAACGAAUAGCUGUGAUAGCUUGAUAGAUGCGCAGCCUCCGUUCAUGAAGUCGGGUGAAGAUACGGCAAAUGAAGUAGAGGGAACAAGCGUACCAACAACCGGUCCGGUCCACGAGUUAACCAAGCCCAUAGUCGGGCCUCUCCCACAGACUGAUUUUACACCACAUCUACCGGAAGGGUCUGCUGAGGCUGUCAAACCAUCAUCUUUCAUCUCCGUCAGCUCACUACGCCGAGACAUGACGCUCCCUCCGUUCCCAAACCUGGACAUCCCUCCAUCUCCUCCUGGAUCUCCCAACCCAGAAAUGAACCAGAAAUUUGAACAUUUCCUUGCGCUGAAGAAAGAAGGCGUGCAUUUUAAUGAAAAGCUAGCUGCUUCCUCGUCACUCAAAAAUCCAAAUCUACUGCAGAGCCUGAUGAAGCAUGCUGGGUUGGACGAGGGGGCGCAAUACAGUACUUCUCUACCGACAGAGCUAUGGGACGUAUCGACUUUUCCUUCAUGGGCUUACAAGUAUGAGUUGUUAAGGAGCCAGCAGAUCAUCCGCCGUAAGCAGGAGGAAAAGAAGUCUGAUCGUGAUGCUAUUGAGUUUGUCCCUGGCUCUGGAAAUGGCACUCCUGGAAGCGGCAAGCUAAAAUCCAGUGCGGCAGAGCGUGUCAUGGCUGGCCUGAGUCGAGAACCGUCCCCGCUUAAGCUGGAUCAGAGCAAACGAAGUGAUCAGGACAAACGUCACAGAAGGAUGGAUUUAGAGCAUAGAAGACACCGUUCACGGUCACCUGGGAAAAGGAGGAGGUCUAGGUCACGAUAG